CGACAACUUUAACAUUUUGCAAUAACUUUUGCUAUAUUGAAGAUAGCAACUUCAUAUUUGGCAUGCAUGUGUAUCUCAUGAAGCUGCACAUUUUGAGUGGUGAAAGGUCAAGGUCAUCCUUCAAGGUCAGAGGUCAAAUAUAUGUGGCCAAAAUCGCUCAUUUUAUGAAUACUUUUGCAAUAUUGAUGAUAGCAACUUGAUAUUUGGCAUGCAUGUGUAUCUCAUGGAGCUGCACAUUUUGAGUGGUGAAAGGUCAAGGUCAAGGUCAUCCUUCAAGGUCAGAGGUCAAAUAUAUGUGGCCCUAAUCGCUUAUUUUAUGAAUACUUUUGCAAUAUUGAAGAUAGCAACUUGAUAUUUGGCAUGCAUGUGUAUCUCAUGGAGCUGCUCAUUUUGAGUGGUGAAAGGUCAAGGUCAAGGUCAUCCUUCAAGGUCAAAUAUAUGGGUCAAAAUUGCACAUGUAAUGUCAAUUCUGCAAUUAUGAAGCUAGCAAUUGUAUAUUUGAAAUGCAUGUGUAUCUCAUGGAGCUGCACAUUUUGAGUGGUGAAGGGUCAAGGUCAAGGUCAUCCUUCAAGGUCAAACGUCAUAUAGUGGGACAUUGUGUUCCACAAUCACAUCUUGUUAGCAUAUACAGCACAUGUGAAUCGUAUCAUAUGACCGACUUUCGCGCAUAAUGCCCUACCUAUUUAUCUAUCUACUCAUAAUGCUUUGUUUUGUUUUCUUUGCUUCCAUUGUUUAUUUUUCUAUUGUAUUUCCUUGUAUCUAUCUACCCAUAACCCUUUUCUUUGUUAUCUUUAUUUGCAUUGUUUACUGUUCUGUGUUAUUUCAUGAUGAAGGAUUUGUUGAUGCCCAUAGGAUUGUAGCAAUUCGUGACAAAGAGCACUCACAGUUUGUAUUGUGUAGUGAUGGAUACUUAUAGUAUUUUAUCAAGAUACACGUCAGUCGGAUUGUUCUUUGCAUCGUUAAAUGUGCUAGUUCUUAUGUCUAUACAUACAAAUGAAAUUGCUCUAGAGUCGUCUCUACGAAACAUCAAAGGCCAAUCUCAACUUUGCCGGUGUAUCCGAUGGCCAUAUACACGCGCCAUAGUUGGUAAACGUUACGUUUCUAACUCACUGUUCGUAAUUAGAUCUAUUCUCGUCUUAAUUACAGUCGUCUUAUUUACAUGGAUUUAUGCUAUCAUGUUGCUUUCUGGGGAUAUCGAAUUGAACCCAGGCCCUGUAUCGAUUAGCUCUCUUGAUUCCAAUAUAACGGAGUACAAUUCACUAAACUGCUUAUCAGCAAUGCCCAAUAACCUUUCCUUCUUGCAAUACAAUGUCCAGAGUAUACGGAACAAAAUAGAAAUUCUUACAGCAGAACUUUCAAAUUUCGAUAUAUUAUCCUUUUCUGAGACGUGGCUUAACAACUCUAUCGAAACUGAUGAACUCCUUAUCCCUUCUUACCAAUGUCCCGAACGCAAAGAUCGAAUACAUGAUAGCCAUGGUGGGGUUAUGCUUUAUGUUAAAGAUUGUAUCCAUUAUAAACGCAGAGUUGACCUCGAACCGAUUACGUUAGAGUGCAUUUGGAUUGAGCUCCACUUGCUGAGUAUGAAGCGUGUUUUAUUUGGAAUAUUUUAUAGACCACCAAACGCGGAUGCAUCAUAUACCAACUUAAUUGACGACUCGAUUGGUUUGGCAAUCGAAACUGGUAUAUCUGACAUCAUUAUAACCGGUGACUUCAAUAUGAAUAAUAGUCAACCAAUACUAGUAAGAAAGCUUGACUCUUGGUGCCUAGAAUACAAUCUUGUUCAAGUUAUCAAUGAACCUACGCAUUUUACGGAAAGAUCCUCGUCAAUUCUUGACCUAUUGCUAUUAACAAACCCCAACAGCUUGGUAUUGUCAGGUGUUGGUGAUCCCUUUCUUGAUCAACAACAACGCUAUCAUUGUCCUAUAUAUGGUAUUUUUAAAUAUAAAAAGCCAAAUGCGAACGUAUACGAGCGUCAUAUAUGGAGCUAUGAGGAUGGUAACUACGAUUUGCUACGUGAAACGUUUUCUUCACUUAAUUGGAAUACAAUUUCAAGUUUGGAUACUGACACAUAUUGUACUAAUAUCACCGACACUAUUAUUCGUAAUGCCAAACUUUGUAUCCCAAACAGGGUUAUAAAAAUCAAACCGCGUAAUGCUCCAUGGCUAAAUACACAUAUACGUCGAAUGAUUAGAAAACGCAAACGGGCUUACCGUAUUGCAAAAACUAAAAAAAGUGAUUAUCAUUGGUCCAAGUUUCGAACAAUCAGAAACCAGACAAUAUCUUUUAUUCGCCAAGCGAAAAAUCAGUACUACGACAGUCUAAGCGAUAAACUUAAAGAAAAUAAUGACACACCUAAAAACUGGUACCACAGAAAGUGCAAACAAACGAUUACAUGUUCUGGUAAAUUUUCUUCAACCGAAAAUGAUGUUUAG